AUGCCAACGAGAGGGGUGUAUGCUAAGCCCCACUCCCUCAUAGAAAUAGGUACCAAAAUUGCUUUCACAGGUGAAAACCACUUGGUAGCAUACAUUUCUUAUAUGUUGCUUGGCAUUGGAUCCAUCAUUGUUUUUAUUUCAUUCUUGGGAUUCCUAGGAAGCUUUGAAGAAAUCAGAUGGUUACUAAUUCUGUAUCUGGGACUCAUAGUCUUGCUGUUUGGUAUCCAAGUUGCAAUGCCAGUGCUAAUAUAUAUAAGAAAAGAAGAGGUCCAGAUUAUGUGGAAUGACAGAAUUGAUGCAGUUAUUUCUAACUAUGGGAACAAAAAUCUGACUGGAAGAGAUCAUGAGUGGGAUAUUCUGAAUGCUGUGCAGCAUACUCUGGAAUGCUGUGGAAGACACAAUUCUACAGACUGGAAAAAGAAUGAAAAUAAAGAACACACAAAUCAGGUCCCAUGUUCAUGUACAAAAUCUAAUAGGAAGGAAUGGUUUUGUGAUGCCACCGCGAAUGAAGUGUAUACUAAGGGAUGUGACGAGUAUAUUAAAAUGUGGUUUGAAAACAACGCUUUGGUCUUAAUUGCAAUUAAUAUUGCACUGCUAAUUGUAGAGGUCCUCCUGUUCACACUAGCUGUAUUGCUGUUCAAAAACACCAGGAAGAAUAAAAUUUCACUAAAGGAAUAAAGAAAGAUUUUUGGUGUUGUUAUAUUGCAUCAAUUAUCUAAUAAUUCUUUAAUCCAGAGGUUCCCAAACUUUUCUUAUUGUGUACCCCCUUCCAGAUCUACCAGGUGCCCAUGUACCCCUACCCUUCUCAUCACUGAUACUUUGUGUGUUCUUCUUAACACUACCAGUCUUUAGCUAUCUGUCCAUAUUCACUGUUAUGUACAGAUAUAGUUAUAGUGUGACAUAUACAACCAAAAAAAUCCCCCUAAAUUCUGAGCUAAG